AAGCCCCGAAAACGCUGACGACGCUUUUACGCAAUUCGCAUUGACCUCGCGGCUUCCGUUAUCGCGCACCGCGUGACUCUUAAACGCGGAAGUGAACGCUCGCAGUAAACAUUCAUGUCGUCGCGCGUUUCUUGUCACUAGGAGAAGACACCGGGGCUGCUUUUUCAAGUCGCCAUUGCACUGUGCGACGACUUGAGAGCCUCUCUUCAACAUUCAAAAGGGGGAAAAUGUGGCGUCCGCGGUUGCUUGGCAAGUUUCUCCUUAUCUGCGUCACGGUGUGGAGCAGCCAGAUCGGCAACUAUGGCGCUUUUGCCAAAACAUCCCGGAGACCAAACAUCGUCCUCAUCCUCACCGACGACUUGGACGUCGCCAUCGGGGGAAUGACUCCACUAAACAAGACCCAAAAACUCAUCGGUGACGCCGGCAUCUCGUUCUCCAACGCAUUUGUCGCCAGCCCGCUGUGCUGCCCCAGCCGAGCCAGCAUCCUGACGGGCAAAUACCCGCACAACCACCACGUGACCAACAACACGCUGGAAGGCAACUGCAGCAGCACCGCCUGGCAGAAGAGCCAGGAGCCCCGGACCUUUCCCGCUCUGCUCAGGGACCUCGCCGGGUACCAGACCUUCUUCGCUGGGAAGUACCUCAACCAGUACGGCCACGCGGAGGCCGGCGGAGUGGAGCACGUUCCGCCCGGCUGGAGCUACUGGGUCGGAUUGGAGAAGAAUUCAAAGUACUACAACUACACGUUGUCAGUUAACGGCAAGGCUCAGAAACACGGGUCGGACUACAGCAAAGAUUACCUGACAGACGUGCUGGCCAACAUGUCCGUGAACUUCCUGCAGUACAAAUCCAGCUACGAGCCCUUCUUCCUGAUGGUGUCCACGCCGGCCCCCCACUCGCCUUGGACGGCGGCACCCCAGUACCAGGACCGCUUCGCCGACGCGGCGGCGCCCAGAGAUCCCAACUUCAACGUCCACGGCAAGGACAAGCACUGGCUGAUCCGGCAGGCCAAGACGCCCAUGACCAACUCGUCCGUCCGCUUCCUGGACGCCGCCUUCAGGAAACGAUGGCAGACUUUGCUGUCCGUGGACGACCUGGUGGAGAAGAUCGUGAGCAGCUUGGAGGCCAGAGGAGAACUGGACAACACGUACAUCUUCUUCACCUCAGAUAAUGGCUACCACACAGGUCAGUUUUCCCUUCCGCUGGACAAGCGGCAGCUGUACGAGUUUGACAUCCGCGUUCCUCUCAUGGUGCGAGGACCCAACAUCAAGGCCGGGCAGACCACCCAGUUUCUGGUGGCGAACGUGGACCUCGGCCCGACCGUGCUGGACAUGGCGGGAGUCAACGUGAGCGCGACGCAGAUGGACGGCACCUCCUUCCUGCCCGUGCUGGAGGGCAGAGCCAACAGCAGCUCCUGGAGGAGCGACAUCCUGGUGGAGUACGAAGGGGAAGGCCGCAACAUUUCCGACCCCGCCUGCCCCCUGCUGGGCCCCGGCGUGUCGGAGUGCUUCCCAGAUUGCGUGUGCGAGGACUCGUACAACAACACGUACGCCUGCGUGCGCACGGUGGCGCCCGCGGCCAACCUGCAGUACUGCGAGUUUGACGACAACGAGGUGUUUGUGGAGGUCUACAACCUGACCGCGGACCCCUUCCAGCUCACCAACAUCGCCAAGACCAUCGAGCAGGAGGUCCUGGAGAAGAUGAACCACCGACUGAUGAUGCUGCAGUCCUGCGCGGGUCGGACGUGCCGCGCCGUCGAACUGAGAUGAGAUCAGAACGAGGUCGGGGACGGAUGCCCUCGAUUGGCGCGAUGUUCUCCGCACGCUGAGUAAACAUCCGCUCCAUCUGCCUUUCCGGAGUGCGUCUAUUUAUUUCACUUUAUGUUUUUUGGCCUUCAGCGUGUUUUUUUUGUUUUCAUCUUUGUUGGACUUUUGUAUAAUUUUAUCUUCCUACUGAAUGGUCUGCACCUUAUUUUUUCGUUGCUCUCGUCGCAACGACUAAUCUCUGAAUCUCGUAGUGCGUGAAACAAUCACUGGAUUCAAUGCAAAUACUCUUGACAACAAACUUGAGGAAAACAUGCAGUCGUGACAUUUAAUGUGCCGUCAAGAAAUGGGGCGGGGGGGGGGGGGGGACAAACCACAUUUUUUUGCUUGAAUGCCGCUCCUUGUGGUGUAGGACUCGGCCACUAGGUGGCAGCAUCAUAGCGUACGUGGAGACGGUUCAUGUUCGAAAGCGUCAACAAUAUUUGACUACUUCUACGUUUGCAUUUUAGCUUUAAGAAGUGUUGUACACUUGUACGUAGUUACUAUUUUUCUUGGUAUUUUGUGCAACACCGUUAAGCU